AUGAAACAAAAUAUUAAGUUACUUUUAUUUAUUAAAAUUGCUGUUUUUAUCCUUUCGCCGCGGAUAUACAAUUUUAACAACGAUACGAGCAAGUAUUAUAAAUAUCUAGGUGCGAAAUACAUCCUUAUUAGAAAAUUAGGUAUAAGAAGUUGUAGAUUAUUAGCAAAAUGCAAGCAAUAUAAUGAUUCAAAUAUUAGAGAUUUAAUAGAAGAUCUACCAUAUAACGGAUCGUACGAAAAAAAAGAUAUAUCUAACAAUAAAAAAGGAGCCACAAAAAAAAACAAUCAGUCAAAUAGAAAUUUAAUAAAUCAUGCUAGUCAAAAUAGGGAAGCUAAGAAAAGUAGAUCUUGUAUAUUUGAAACGAAAAAAUAUUCUCAUUUAGAGAAAAAAAUAUUCAAAGAGCUUGAUUAUAUGGAUUAUCUUAAAAGCAACAAAACAAUCAGCAAUGAGACUUACAAAAAAGUAAUAUGCAAAAAAUAUGGUUUAAGAAUAAUUUUACCUAUAUUAUUAUUAUUGCUGUUAUUGAUACCACUCGUAGUAGAUUUCUCAGCAGGUUUGGCACUUGGUAAUUCAUGGAAAUGGGGUUUACUAGGGUUUUCUCACUAUUUAAAAGAGUUGCAAAUUAGUGAUGGGGAAUGGUUAUCAAAAUUAUUAAACUGGUUGAAGAGUAAUACACCAGGGUUAUGGAAGCACAACACAAUUUUCGAUUCGUCCUACGUAUGUUCGUUGUGCAGUGCAGCGGGACAAUAUGACCUUUCUAUAAAAUGUAUAUUAGGACAAUUAUUUGGAUAUAUAAUAUAUUUCGUACCAUUCAUUAUAUUAUGUAGCACUUUUAUAUCUGCGAUUUUUUAUUACCAUAAAAAAGUAAAAAAAUACGAAAAAAUUAAGUUCAGAAAAAAGUAA